AUGGCAGGUGAUAUCACGUAUGCGGACGUGGCAAUGCUACCGAGGGAAAGACCACACGUUCCUUCUCGGACAUCAGUUCCAGGAAACAUGAUCACAUACGCUGAGCUGCGCGUGAAGCCGAAACCCAAAGGGAGCAGCAGAUCAGAGACUUCCGCUUCUGGCUGCCGACACAGGUGCUCAGCCUGGUUCUACGUGGCGCUGGUCCUGGGAGUCCUUGUGCUCAUCCUGCUAGGCGUCAUAGCCGUACUAGCCAAGCAAUUUUUGAAGGGCAGAGCAGGAAAAUCAGAAAGUUUGUCCCAGUAUGGUCUAAAUAGCACUGGCAAUCACAUUGCUUCAGAGAAGACUGUCUCAGCGGUUCUCCUGAAAUGGCUCAUGGAGGAACUGUGUGAAGAUGGACAGGGAACAACAUGCGAGCUGUGUCCUCCCGGGUGGCAACUACACAGGGGGAGAUGUUACUACUUCUCCGAGGAGGCUGUAAGCUGGGAUGACAGCCAGAGAAACUGUCUGGCCAGGAAAUCCCAGCUUCUUGUCAUUGAAGAUGAAAUUGAGAUGGAAUUUAUAGACAAUAAAGAGAAAGAUACCAAAUAUAUCUGGAUUGGGUUGAAGAUUCAAGACAUGAAGAAGCAACGGAGUUCAGCUGAAGAUCCCAGAGUAAAAGAAAACAGGAAAGCUAUAAAUAGAAUUGAGACUGACAAGAACUGUGCUGUUUACAGAAGAAAAAACAUGAUCCAAGCAGAUAACUGCCAGACUUUAAAGAAGUGGAUCUGUAAGAAGAAUGCAACUUUGUUGGUGCUCUGA